AUGCAAACCGGUGGCGAGCACGAGACAGCCAACCCCAGCCACACAGGGCCCACCAUGAUCGAACUCUACGGACUCAAGAACUGCUCCACAUGCAAGAAGGCAUGCGCCUGGAUGGCUGCCAAUGGGGUGACCUACCAGUUCACCGACUACAGAGACCACCCAAUCAAGCCAGCGGCACUGCGGCGCUAUGCGAAAGUACUGGGUUGGGCGAAACUGCUCAACAGAGCGUCGAUGACCUGGAGAAAACUGUCAGACGAACAGAAACAAGCGACCAGCGAUAGCGACUGGCUGGCCCUUGUGGCCGAGCACCCUACUUUGAUUCGCCGCCCGCUAGCAAUCGCUGGGAAACAGGUUCUUGCCGGCUUCAAAGAAACCGAGUACGCCAACUUUGCCAGCGACGCUGACUAA